GGUACCCUGGGUCGACCGAGAGCCUCUGAGCCAUUGAUUUUACAGCUGCAUGCAUUUAAGUGGCCCUAGUAGGAGUCGUAGCAGCAGCAGCAGCGCGAGCAGCUCCAGUCUGCGCCGCCAUCGUCUCUCCAUCGCCGAGGAGCUGCUACGGGAAGAGGAGGAGGAGGAGCAAGCCUCGAGGACUGCCAAGCUCAGCGUGUGGACUCCAACAGGCCAGCUUUCCACAAUGACCUCCACACUGGUAGAAACAGUCUCCAUCAACUACGAGGAUUUCAACGACAGCUUCCUCACCUGCGGCACGUGCUUGUGCCAAUACGACGCCAUCGAUCACACGCCAAAGUUGCUGCCUUGUUCACAUACGGUUUGUCGGAGUUGUCUGGAAAGGAUUAUUGAAGCCCAAACCACAGACACAGGGACAUUUCGUUGCCCUAUUUGUCGAGAAACUAUAACGAUACCCAGAGGUGGUGUGGCCUCCUUCCCACCCAGCUUUAUAGUGAACCAGCUGUUAGAUUUGUUUGCCCAGCAGCGCAGGGAUAUUAUUCCCAAGUGCUCCAGUCAUGGGCAGCAGGAAUUGCUGUUCUGUGAGACCUGCGACACGGUGUUUUGUACGUUAUGCACCGGUGGUGAACACAACGGUCGUGGCGCCAGUGAACAUACUGUUAUACCUUUCUCCAUUGCCAUUAAACGCAUGUCAGAAAUAUUGCUCUACAAGGCCCAUUUGUGCAUACGUAAUCUGAACACUGCAUGCGAUAACGUGGGUGCAGAGACGCACAAACUGGAGCACACCUACGAACGCACAAUCGAUGCCGUGAAUCGCUCGUUUCAGGAUUUGAUAGGUUUGCUGGACAAACGGAGGCAAGAGGUUUUGCAGAUGGUGAAAAAAGUACACGACGAGAAAAAACGAGUGUUGCAGGAGCAGCUGGAUAUUAUUCAGGCGGAGAAAGAACAAGUUCAGAGCGAAUGCCAGGGUCUACAGUACCAGAUCGAAGUUAGAAAUAUUACCAAAAAGAUAAGUGAUCUGAAUGAGAAGUUAGACACUACGACAACCUUGUCAGAACCAAGGGAAAAUGCUUUCAUCAAAUACGACUACAAGCAUAAUUCUGCCUACAAAGAUUUUGUGAAUACUCUAAAUAACUUUGGCAAGGUCAAGGUCAGCACCACGUUUCCGUCAUUGUCAACAGCAACCAUUGAAUGUGCAACGACCUUCCUCAAGUCGACUGUUACUGUCUCCACAGUGGAUUACCACGGCAACCCACGUACAAGCGGGUGUGACCCAAUCACAGCAGAGUUGCGGAACAACAGGGGCGAGUCCCAACAAACCCAGAUUAAAGAUAAAGAGAACGGAACAUACGAAGUCACUUUCACUCCACAAGCUGCAGGUCAGCACACUUUGAGCAUUAAGAUUUUCGACCGUCCGAUUAAAGAAAGUCCCUUCAGUAUCUGUGUCUCAGACCACAACAAUCCCAUCAUGAAAAUCGGCAGUCGUGGGUGCCAAAAUCUCCAGUUCACUCAGCCAGUAGGUGUCGCCAUUGAUCAGGAAGACACCAUGUAUGUCUUGGACACUGGGAAUAGCCGGAUUAAAAUUCUCUCUCCAGAGGGGGAGUUCAUACGGCAUUUAGGACCAGUUGGAUUGGAGAACCAGAGCGGAACAGGCAUUGCCAUGACACCCAACAACACUGUCGCUGUCGUCAACUGGAGAACGAAACACGUUACUGAAAUGGAUGCUGAAGGGACGAUUGUGAAGAAGUUCACCAACGAGGAAUUCUUAGAGCCAAUUUCUUUAACAGUGAACAGCAGGGGAGAGUACAUAGUCACAGACAAUGGUGCUGGAAAGUUAUUCCUCUUCGACACCUCAGGGAAUUUGAUCAGGAAAAUUGGGUCAAAGGGCAACAAAGCAGGCGAGUUCAACCUCAUCAGCGCAGUAGCAGUCAAUAAGGCAGAUGAAAUCUUGGUUGCUGAUAAUCGUCUUCAGAAAUUCGGCAAGGACGGGCGCUUUCUCCACGAGCUGGACUCCGGCAUGAACAGCCCCAAGGGUCAGUACAGCGGACUCACUGUUGACCGCCAUGGUAAUAUCUUGGCGCUACGCUCCGAGAAAGGGCGCAGUUAUGUUCAGGUCUUCAACGCCAGUGAGAGGUUGUUGUUCACCAUUGACAGCCAUGAUGAUAAACUGAAGCGUCCCAGUGGCUUGGCUGCCACCCAAGAUUUCAAAGUCGUCGUGGUGGAUCUUGGCAAUGAUUGCAUCAAGAAGUUCCGUUACAAAUAAAAGUGGGGAGGGAAAAAAGUGCCUGCGAUCUUGAGAGUGUUGUUUUGCGCCAUUAAGAAAGCAGCAUUAUCAAGACUUGAAUCUGUUGGGAUAAGGUGACGUUUCUAAACAAAAUCUGUGAAGGAAAAUAUCGGUAUUCAAAUUCAAAUAGAUGUUGGUGCAGAGAUUCAAAUGUCAGAGAUGGUGGCCUAGUCAGUAUACCUUAAAAUUCUGCCUAAUUAUAAGGUAAUAACUAGGUCUUUUCAAUGGGCAGAAAUUAUCAAACUUUCAGACACAUCAUUUUAAAAUCAUAAAAAUUAUAUUUUUGUAUAGCAUUUGUGGUGCUUUUAAUGCAUAGAAAAGAACUAUAAGGUAGUCUGCUUUUCAGUUUUGUUGCAACCACUUAAUAGGAACUAUUGUUUUAAGAAAUUAUGUCUUAAAAAAUACAGUAUCUGUUAAAAUCACAAUUUCCCCGGAUUGAAAAGAUCGAGUCAUUACCGUGGAAGAUAUAACUUUGGCCAGUAGUGGUUAUCAUGUCCUUUUGGUGUCCAUGGCUGUGGUCAGCAAUUUCAGAAGAGUUAUUCUUUUUUUUUUUUUUUUUUUUGUUUGUUUGUUUGGAAAAAAGUGGACCUUUUGUUUUUCACCCCAUUAAUUGAUCUAAGUUCAGAAAGGGUGUAGAAACUAUAUUAAAUUUUGUGCCACAGAGAACCUUUUCAGCGAAAAAAGAAUUUAGCGGACCCAAGGGCCUGAUAUUGCAGGUGUCGUUGUGAUGUCAGAAGUGAGGUAAUUACUAAAUUAAAUAUUGAUAAAAUAUCACAAAGUGAAGGCUGUUUAUAGCAGUACCUUAAAAAGAGUGCAUCUGAAAUUUCUGAAAAACAAAUUUGGCUUUUGUCAGAAAGUUUCCGAAUUAUGUAUAAAAAGUGAUGAAAUAUCAGCAAGUGUGAGCGAGGUGUUUGAGUUGUGUUGUACGAAUAAAUACCAUAUUGCUUACACCAUGACGUAUGGAAAUAUAAUGUGAAACUCAUUUGGCAGAUUGUCAUAGGCCCCAUUCAGAAUAGGGGACUAACUAGUCCGCAGGUCAAAUAUGGCCAUCCACUUGAAUAUCCAGGGGAUAUCUAUUCAGUGUCUAUUAGCGGGUUAGACCGCAAGCUUUAUAGUGGGUGGUCAUAUUUGACCCUAGGCCUAGUUAGUCCUCUAUUCUGUAUGGGACCAUAAAGUCUGCUUAAAGCUAAUGUAAAGAUGUAACAUAUAUUUAAACAAAUAACAUGCAAUGUGCAUCAGCUUAACGAUGGAUCUCAUAGCGUAACUUCAUACAUAAGUACCAUGACGAAAAGUGAUAGAGGACUAAAAGUGAUAGAGGACUAAAAACAAAAAAUACAAAAUAUUGAUUUGGCCAAAAGAAAUCUAACAACUUCAGUGACAGGUUAUGCCUAGUAUAUCAUGCUUUGGUUUGCGAAGCAAUAUAUUCGUUGAGAAAAUACCAAGUGGAGAUAUUUUAGAUAUAAUGUAUGUUUGACUGUAUUCCUCAAGCCUCAACAGAAUUUAGGUUAAAAUCAGAAUGGUGACAUUUUAUAAUGUGUCAUUUUUUUUCGUCCCAUUCUCACCCUCUUGUUAGUUCUGCGAUUCAGUUAGUUGUGCCCUAAUGUUUUUACAUGCCACUGCCUUUAUUGUUUUACUCCCAGUACCAGGGCUUGGGAUUGUUUUAUUUCUGAAACCUACAUAUAAAGAUACAUUUAUUUAGUAGUUUGUAUAACUUAGGGCUUCACUAGAUUGUUAGCAAAGAGAGAUUGAGACUUUAAUUGAAGUUUUUGCCAAAUUGCCUAGUGCCCUUAUUGUAAUGUUUGGUUUGGGUAAAAGUUUGUGAUUUUAGAGUUUAACCAAUUGCAAAGAGUGCCAAAAUUAUUGAAUAUCCUGUCAUUUCUGCAUUUGGGACAGUUUUUUUUUUUUUUUUUUUUUUCUGUGAAAUCAAUACCAUUAUUACAAGUUGUAAAAGGGAGAAAAUGAAAACCAAACAGAUACUGUACUGCUCUGAGGAUUAACAAAUUCUCAGUUACCAGUGAAUUAAUAGGCAGGUCACAGGGUUUAACUUACUCUGAAGUGCCGAGUAGCUAAAUAUCAUCAUUUUCUUUAAGAGCCUUGCAGUGUUGUACAUUUGAAGGUUUGCUGUCCAGUUAUGGUUAAUUUGGUAAUAUGUGUACACUACUAUACUACUGCUGUUAAACAUAGCAAACUCUUGUGUGUGAAUUAUCGGGUGUUACCGGCUUAAUGACUAUGUAAGUGUAAAAAAAUGGUCUAAACAAAGCCUGUUGAAAGUUUAAACUAAGUUACUAAGUAUAUUUUAAAUUUGGUCAGACAAAAUCCUUUGCAGCCAUGGCUUAUUUCAAAUAAUAAUGACUAAAGUUGAAAAAUUAAAUGGUCUUAGCAAUGACUGCAUGUAAUUUUGAGUUACAUGUGCAUGAGAAAAAGUUGGUAUCAGUCUAGUCUAACAACUUCAAGGUUGUUUUUAACAUGUUAUCAGUGUAAUCAGUACUUAAAACCUGGUACGUGGACAAAUGUUUGUGCAUUUCAAGAGAGAAGUGAAUGGCAGAAGGAGUGGUUACAUGGAAUCCUGAAAGCAUAUGGAAAAUGAGAAAUGUCAAGUUUUGGUGAAGUAUUUUCUCCAUUGGAAUAAAAAUUUUGGUAUAAAUAUAACAGUUAUCGUCACUGGAAUAAGUAAAAUGUUACAUGUCUUAUAUAAUGACAGCAAACGGUGUUACAUAUAUUUCUGUUACAAAUAAGUGUUUCUUUAAAAAUUCAUGUAGCUAUGCUGGACAGAAUUUCAUAUUGGAACUGUAUGGGCAUAGUUUUGAAUUACAAUAAUUACUCAAUCUCAAUAGCAUGAAUUAAUAAUUUCUCCCUGAAUAAUUUUUUUUUUUUUUUUGUAAAAGUACUGAAAAGCAGUUGGCUUCGUUUCAGAAAUGACAUUCUUGUGAAUCCUAAACAUAAAUUUUGAAAAAAAAAAAAAGAAAAAUAGUGAUUUUUCUGAAAUUAUUUAAUUAUUACAGAAUUAUAAUAAUUAUUGCUGACUUAACCCAGGGUGAGAGCUCCUGUCACUGUUUUAGCUUAUAAUGGUGACUAGUGGCGCAUCCUGGUGUAGAGAACAAUCUUCAGGAGUUUUACUAAAAAUCGGCCCUUAUCCAUGUCAGUUCCAACUAAAAUGGUUUUGGUUUGUCGUUAUUUACUGAGAAGGAUUAGCAUUGCUUUGUGGAUCCCCCCCCCCCCCCCCCCUCAAUUACCCAACACACACUGCGAGCUGCAUUCCAUAUAUUAUCUCUCAGUCAUUUUAUAGAGAGGGUUGUUAGAAAGGUUGCUGAUCACUUUGUCAGUCUUCUGGUAUUUGAAAAAAAAAAUGGUUUUAUUAAAAACCGUAAUGCAAAUAAGCCCACUGUGUGUGGCUUUCUUAAAGUCUAGGAAAGUGUGAAUUUGUUCCUGGUGUAGUGAUCUUAACUUUUAAUAACUUCAAGUGUGUGUAGUUACACAAUAACCAUUAGAAUAAUGGAACCCAACAUGGGAAGGUUGCUCCUUCUGUUUAUUAUUGUUAUCAAUGUGUAGCUAAAAUUAGUUCAUUUAGUUAAAAUUGCUUUUGUUUCACUUUAAAGGUAAGGACAAAUUGGUGUGCCAAAGAUUUGAAUUCAGUUAAAUAUGAUAAGAAUGUCGAAUGGUUUUGUUUGUAAAUAACGUGUAUUAAAUGUGUUGUUUUUUAAUUUAUUAUUUUUCAAGCCUAGGCUGCGUCAAGAGGAGACUUUUGUUUUCAAUCUGGUGCCUGUUUUAUUUUUAUUUAUAAUAAAGAAGUUGUAUGACUGAAGCAUUAAUUUAGUGUGUGAGAGUAUAUGUAAUAAAGGAAUAACAUGUUA